GCGUCAACGAAAGGCGGUGUGCAGGUACGCACUGUUCCGCCCAUGGCGAGCAUGCAGGUACGCGUUGUUCCGCCUGCGGCUGAGGGCGGAAGAAGACCUCCGACGACGGAGCCUUCAAGGCGGUACGACCCCUCCAUGUACAGCCAUCUGCCGUCGUGGGAGACGCCGCUGCCUCCCUCGGAUGAGGAGCCGGAGGGGGAUGAACUUCCAACGUUUCCUCUCGCCAGCGGGUCGACGCAGUUGUUGUCGCAGACGGUGCUCGCAGGCGGGUCGGCAAACAACGGACGCGGCGAGUACACGACACUCCUGCAGCAGGGAUUGGGAGACGACGACGACGGGGGAGUUGAUCUCCGGCUCGGGUUGUCUUCUGGCGGCGGUAGGGAGGCAAGCGACACGUUCAUCAUCGACGCCGAUCCUUCACCGCGUGGCGUUCAACAAUCUGGAAGUCGGCAUACAAAACAGUCCACACUUCGUGGCGGUGCGUCCGUUUGUGUCGGUGUCAGGCCAUCGUCAGCAGGCCGGCAGCAUGGAUCGAGUGCACCGUCCGCCGAUCGAUUGACAAGCACCUGCCCCGAACGCAACGGAGUCGCAAUAGGGUCCCUGCGCAUCGGCGGUACACUUCAUUCGAUGCCCAAAAGCACAACACCGACCCAACCCGACCUCAGGGACGACGGCACGUGCACAGAAGCGGUGCGUCCAACACCCAAUGUGGAGAACAUCACACGAGGAGUGUCGAACGUGCGGGCACACAGCGAUGGUGGCGACGAUGAUGGUGGUGGCGGUGACGAUGCAAACGGGCGAUUUGGGGAAGACGUGGAGGCAGGGGACGACGACGACGAUAUUCCUAUUCGGCCUUUGGGGAAGACGGGCGGGAGAGGGAGAGGACGCAGCAGGGGUGUUGUUCGUGGUCGAUCCGUUGGCCGUGGGGGCAGAGGUGGCGUCAGCGAUGACGGCGGGAAGUCUAAAACGUACAAGUCCCCGGAAGAGCAAAUCCAACUGGUGAGAUGCAAGCGGGAGCAAGAGAUGCACCUUGCCGGUCUCGGUCACAAUUAUGGGCGGAUGCGGACCAAGGAGUGGAAGUGGGAAGAUAUUGCCAAGCGCAUGGCGAAUGCGGGGAGGCCGAAAGACGCGGACGACUGCAUGAAGAAGUGGGACAAUAUCUUCCAAAACUACAAGAAGAUACAGAGGUUUCAGAAUGCAAGUGGCCGACCAGAUUUCUUCCGGCUAUCGAAUGAAGAAAGGAAGGAGCACUACUUCAAGUUCCGGAUGGAAAGGGCGCUAUACAACGAGAUCCGCAUAGGCAUGGUUGGCAACCACACAAUUUUCCCUCCCAACAUCGUCGACAUUGGAAGUCCGGACGGGGUGCAUCUGCCCAGGCGAGGAGCGGGUGCUGGGGAGUCUGUUGGUAGUGAGGGUGCUGGUGAAGGCCUCCCUGAAGAACGUUCUACUACGAGGGACUCCGACAACAAUGCUGCCAGUGGGGCUGGAGGCGGUAAGUGGAAGAAUGCGCGUCAACAGGCGUUGGAGUCGAUUGCUGAUGUCAUGGACCGCCACGGCGAACUGAUGUCGUCGACGAUCGAAUCAUCUAGCAAGCGGCAAUGCAGCAUAUUCACGAGGCAAUGCGACAUACUAGAGCAGGAAGUUGCAGUCCAGAAAGUGCACUAUGCGGCAUCCGAUGAGAUGCAGAGGAUGAUGUGCCACGCGCUUAUGGAGAUCGCUGCCGCCAUCCGUGGUCGGUUGGCGACGUAGGGUGCAUGGUGUGUGUGUGUGAUAGUGAGUGUCAGUGUGUGCGGGUGUCCUCCACACAGU